AGGCCUUUGCGGCUAGUCGGGCGACUACGUUUCCCAGAGGCCUCUGCGGCGCAGUCACCGGAAGCGGCGGGCGAGUCGAGUGUCCUUGCGCGCGGAGCCGAGCGACCAUGGUGCCCCGAGUGUGGUCGCUGAUGAGGUUCCUCAUCAAGGGCAGCGUGGCCGGGGGUGCCGUCUACCUGGUGUACGACCAGGAGCUGCUGGGGCCAAGCGACAAGAGCCAGGCUGUGCUCCAGAGGGCCGAGGAGGUGGUGCCCCCAGCCAUGUACCAGCUCAGCCAGUACGUGUGCGAGCAGACCGGCCUGAAGAUGCCCCAGCUCCCAGCCCCUCCAAAAUUGAACUUUCACUUCCGUGACACCUGGAACUCAGGCAUCCUCACGGUGAUGUCGGCUCUGUCGGUGGCCCCCUCCAAGGCCCGCGAGUACUCCAGGGACGGCUGGGAAUACCUGAAGGAGCGGAUCAAGUAGCCUGCCAGAGGAGGCCACCUGCCCCAGUCAGGAACGGGGGCAGGGGCGCCAGCGACCUGGAGACUCCAGACUGGGACUGGGACCCCACUCAAGGGCAGCUCCCGGCCUUGCCGGCCCAAUAAAGGACUUUGGACAUGC